AUGGUACCAGAAGGAAUACAAGGAGGUCUUGGUUAUGGACCCCAGGGCAAGUCCACUGGAAAAGGCAGCUGCCACGAUGUAAUAGUCACCAGCAGCCCUGUGACAGUUCAACAGCUGGGACCUGUUUCACCUCCUACUAAUCAGGUUUCAACAGCAUGCAACCAGGUCAGCCCUAGCUUACAGAGGUCUAUGAAUGCAUCCAGCCUGAGUGCUUCUCCAUCAGAUACAAGGUCUCUCUUGUCGUGUGAGUCUCUGGCAUCUACGACGUUAAGCUUGUCAGAAAGUCAGUCCACACUGAGUGUUAAGCAAGAGUGGUCGCGUGGGUACAGCGCACUUCCUUCUGUUCCUCCUGACCAAGGUUUACAAAAUGGCAGUGAGCUGGGGGACUUCUUAAAUUUUUCACCCAGAACAUCUCUGUCCAGUAACUGCGUCUCUAACUCAUUACCGUCCUACUUACAUGGAAUGGAAAAUAGGCAUUCCACUUACUCUAGUCCUCACCAUUCCUCAGCCUGGUCUCCAGCAGCCCGCUCCAAAAAGAGAGUGCUCUCUCUGUCUCCUCUGUCUGACGGCAUUGGGAUUGACUUCAAUACAAUCAUCCGUACAUCCCCAACCUCUCUGGUGGCCUACAUCAACAGCUCCAGGACGUCACCAGCAAAUGUCUCCCCACAGCCUGAGGUCUAUGGACAUUUUUUGGGAGUGAGAGGAAGCUGUAUACCCCAAAAUUGCUCUAUUCCAACUGCCCAGAAAGACCUUCUCAUGGCUAAUGGCAACAUCACCUUUCCAGGGUAUGUUGAGAAUGAGGCUGGUGAGUAUCAGCGGAUGCAGCAGCUGGAGCAAGCCAGCUUGCAGGUGGCCACCGCAAGUAACAUGGUAAUCCAGCAGGGCAUUCCACCUGCAGACAACGAGGUGGUGGGUAUCCUGAAAAACGAACACCUGGAUGACUUCUUAGGCUGUACGGUCAACAUGCCUCCUCCACCCCUGCUGCCACCACCACCUCCACAAGGGCCACCCCCACCGUACCAUGCUCAGCAGCACCAGCAUCCACACAGCCUCCCCAGUCUCAUUCAGCUGCUGCCUGUGACUCCUUCUUCCCCCAGCACCCUGCUCAAUGAAGAUGGUGAGCCAAACAAUUUCAAUGGCAAGCACAGCUGCCACUGGGUUGACUGCAGUGCGCUGUAUGGCCAGCAAGAGGAACUUGUGCAGCACAUAGAGAAGAUCCAUGUAGAUCAGAGGAAGGGAGAGGACUUCACUUGCUUCUGGGCAGGGUGCCCACGAAAGUACAAGCCAUUUAAUGCCCGUUAUAAACUGCUGAUUCACAUGAGAGUCCACUCAGGAGAGAAGCCAAACAAAUGCACGUUUGAGGGUUGCAAGAAAGCCUUUUCCAGACUAGAAAAUCUCAAGAUUCACCUAAGGAGCCAUACGGGUGAAAAGCCGUACCUUUGCCAGCACCCUGGCUGCCAGAAAGCAUUCAGCAACUCCAGCGACCGUGCCAAGCACCAGAGGACACACUUGGACACUAAACCUUAUGCAUGUCAGAUUCCAGGAUGUACUAAACGAUACACAGAUCCAAGUUCCCUGAGAAAGCAUGUGAAAGCCCAUUCUUCCAAAGACCAACAAGUCAGGAAAAAGUUGCAAUCAAGCUCAGAACUUGGCCAGGACAUCCUGAAUGACUGCCUUGCAAUCCAGCCCCUACAGCCAGCCCCAUUACUGCAUGAUGCUGCAGAUAAUACCCCGGGACACAGCCCAGGGUCUGCUCAUGGUAUUUACCCAGUGGCCAUGUUCCCCAGUACACAGACAAUUCAAAGUGAAACAGCAACUGGGGCAGUGUCCUUGUCUCAUCCCAGCAGCCACCUUUCCUCAGGACAUAACGUACAGGGUACUCCUCUCCAUCCAACCCACCAGUUACCUCUUCUCUCAGCUGUGGACUCAGAGAGGUUUGUUGCUCUGGCUCCUUCUUACCACAUCAGCCCCCAGAGAAUUUCAGUUCCACAUCAUGUGAUGCAGAGACAGACUCCACAACCUCCCCACCUUCAACAGCCUGCAGGAAUGCCUCUAAAGACAUACCAGCCAGCAGUAAAUCCUUCUUUUCAACCAAAUAGACUCCACAUCCCAGGUUUUGGGCAGCUUCAGACUUUCAACCCUCCACAUUAUGCUGACACUCAGAAGAAUAUGCAACACGGUGAUUCUUGCAAUAUGGUUCCUCCUUUUGAAGACUGCUUAGUUCCCACAUCAGGGGACCAGGCAGAGCUUGGCAUUUUCCAUAGAACUAUUUCAGCUCAUUCUGGUGUUACAGCUUAUGAUUUCCCAGCAGGACCCAUAGGUAUCUUUGGUGAUUCAGCUUGCAGCAUGCCUGAGGAUAGCAAUUUCCUACAAGUAAAUGCAGUGGAUCAUUGUUCAAGCCAGUUUUCAUCUGUCUACACUGAAGGUUAAAGUAAAAUAAAUCUAGUUACAAGAGCUUGAUUCCAUUUCAUCUUGCCCUGCUGAUACUGCUCUACAAAAUUUUUCUCUCUAUGAAACUGUGAUGUAUGUAUGGGGAUAUGGGUUGAUAUACAUACAUAAUGGAGAGGAAGAAACAAUCACUGAGCAUUCAUCACGUAAUCAAGCAGUCAACUGAGGAGUGUUUGGAGAAAGCAAGCUUUGCCAAAACCUUAGGAAUUGUUUCUUUUCUUUUCAUCUGUGGUACAGCAGCUCCACUUUUUUUCUUCUUUAUUCUUUAUAAUUUAUCAAAGGGAAUUCACAGACUGAAUGAGAAAACUGCUUGUUGGAUGUAAUCCUUUCGAGCUGAAUGAGUGGACUUACUGAAAAAUACAGCUUUAGAAAAAUCCUUUUUAAAAAAAAAAAAAAAGGAAAAGAAGUGAAGCCAGAGCAUAUUACAAUAUUUCAAAGGUACACAGCUCUUUGCACAACCUGUUUGCAUAUGAUGCUUCCAAAGCUAAACACACACCAGCAUCAAAAAGGAACAGAAAUUAGACAUAUAUCCUGAUGCUACCCAUUGGAGGCAUUGGUGCGGCUUCUUUUUUGAGCCAAAGAUCAUUGGUACUGGAUCUCUUACAGGCCUCGGGUUAGGUGUCUUUUCCUUCCCUCUGUAUUUUAAGCCAUACAAUAUGGCUAUUGAUGUUUUUCCAAUAUUCCUUCUGACCCAGUGCUUUAUGCAAUGAAUAAGAAGAGUUAAAUGCACUACAUGAGAAGGUACAUGGACUUUGUCUAUAUUUAGUCCAGCUGCUAGAUAAGAAUAUUUUAACUUUCUCUUGAUUUUUAAUUAUAUUGUAGAGCUUUAUUGCUGUAUAUGCUGUAGUACUCCAUAGAAAGGUUUAAACUACCCCAUAGAAAAGAUUCUUCCUUAAAUUCCACAGGUUUUUUUUAAAAACAAUCUGUACUGAUUCAAUUAAAUUCUUGUUGCCCAAACAUUUUUCAUUUCCAUAACACUUUUUCAGGAAGAACUACUCUUAAGUUUGCUGUGUUCCCUCUGGUUGUUUAUAGAUGUAAAACUGAAGUGGUUUUGUGGUUUUGAUUUUUCUACUCAGUGUCAGCCUGUGGUCCUUGAAUUUAGUCCAGGAUUCAAGCAAACGAGGUGGCCUUUUGUGAAAGGUAGGCAUGUAUGAGUUUUGCAGUGGAGGUGUGUUAUCACUGUGAUCCUGUAUGCCUUGGGAGCAACUCUUACGUUAUGUAAGACUGAGGUUUUAGGUUAUUAAUCCCUGUUCAUAUGUUUUGUGGACUACUUACUGUGUAAUGUGCAUCUUAAUAUUCUCAUGUGACCUGAUUUAAGAAAAAGGACAAGAAUCCAAAGUUCAUUCUCACAAGCUAGACCAUAACUAUGCUUCUGAAAUCAGUCUAGAAAGAUAAAUUUUUAAAUGUGCUUGUAAAAACAUUUUUUCAUCUUGAGAAGCAUUUGAGAGUUGAUGAAUGCAGUUUGAAUUAAAUUCAUAAUUUAAUUUCCCAUUAUGUUGCAUAGAUUAAUUUACAGCCAGAUGUUUAUGAACACUGGCAAUCUUUUGAGAUUUACAUUCAUGAAGUAUAUUCUUAUAUACAAGCAUAUGUGCUUAGAUAUUUAAUGGAGAGAUUUUCAUCCAACCAAUGCAAAGAAUAUAUGGAUAAACCAUGCACAUAAAUGAUGUAUAAUAAGAAGUAAUAUGGCUUAAAUACAGAUAAUUCUGUUCUAAAUUCUUCCCCCUUUUAUUCUGUUUCUCAGAUCACACGUGAAUGUGUCCCUGUUUCAGUUUGCAAUAGUAGGUCUAGUUUUUACUAUAUCUGGUUUGCAUUGGGUUAAGUGACAUCAGGCUUCCAUACACAGCCAAACAUACACAGGCAAAAGGACAGUCCUUUUGCAUUAGUGUAUGAUCUAGCCCAGUGCCUUGACAGCAAGUUUCACUUUUUAAUAAAGCUUUAAUUAUGUCCUAUCUUAAAGCUGAUUCUGUGGGCACUGCACAUGCAUAACUUGCUUAAACAGGAAUAAUUAGGCACCCUGAACUCUUAAAUUUCAAAGGUAUAUAGGGCUAUGUUUUGUUCCACCUACGUCAGUAAUGGUAGGAGCAGGCCCAGUGUGGACAUAUGCAUGUAUGUGUACAUACAUACUUUUGUAUAUAUAAAACUCUCAAGUUCCUUUUAAUUACAUGGUUGUCCAGAAUUUGUCACUUGCUGUGUAUGAAUCUGAAAUAUUGUUGCUGACCUCAGAUCUAUAGUACCUUGACUUUUAAAUCUUUUGAAGUACUUUUCCUAGUAUCUCAAUAUACAAGCUGUCCAGUAAACAGGGAGCUUAUACAUCAUGAAAGAUCCUGACCAAAGGGAAAGUGGGAAUACAGAAUUCAAAAAGGGUAUUCGUAAUUUGGAGGUUCAUCAGUUAUAUUUAAAAAAGGAAUAUUUUGCAAGUCAGUCAGUCAUUCCUUCAUAUAUAUAUAUUACAGCUUUCUAUGAGCCUUAAUCUUAAAAAGAAGGAGCUGGAGUAGUCAAUUUAAGCAUGUGAGAGUGGGCUACCAGUCUGUAAAAAGGUACGCCUUUGUUUACUUCUGUAUCAAAGACAAAGAGGAUUCUUCGACUAUUUCAUUAUUCUCUUUGGAGUCAGACUGACUUUGGGGCAUCAGCUCAUAUCACUGAGGGCAGUUACUUAAAAAAGAAUCAUUUUAUCUCAUGUGUUUUGGGUAUUUAAAUAGGGAAUCAUGUUUGUCACAUGUUACAAUGAAAAAUGGUGCUUGUGAAAAUACAUAGCAUAAUGCCAGUUACUGUCUUAUAUGCAAAUACUUGUGCCUCAGUGAUUUUUGUGUUGCUAUUUUACUUGCUGGAUUGUUAACUUUCUAAAGGGAUUCAUAUCUAAGAGAUGAAGUUAUUUUAGACUACGGACAUUAAAUAAUAUUCUAAUGAAAUUAUUUACAUCAUUAUUUUAUACAAUUAUCUUGUUUUCAGACUCAAAUUGUCUAUUUAUAUCUGCAUUAAAAUGGGUCUACACUGGAGUUUAAAAUACAGUUUCAAAGUGCAUGUGUACGUGGCUGAGUGUAUGAGUGCAUGUGUGUACUUGGAUCUCCCUUUCUAUGUAUAUAUACAUUUAUAUAUACACACACAUAAAUAGAGGUGUUAUGGUUUACUAAUACCGGAUGCUGAAGUAUUGCAGUGCUAAGGCCAUCUGUCACAUUGUAUUUUGUUUUCAACUUUCUUUGAAGAGGUGUGAAUGAGUAAAAAAUUGCAUUUUAACUGUUUAUUCCCUGUUUUUUCUGUGUAAAUUUUAUAGCUGAUUUUUAAAACAGCACCUUUUUGUGUGAAAUUUUGUUGGUUUGGUUUGGGUUUUUUAUAUUUCCUAGGAACAGAUAAAACAAAAGAGAGAGAUCACAAUUUAAAAUUAGCUGAGUGGUCUUAUAUUUGAAAAAAAAUAAUCCCUUUAUUCUGUACAGAAAGCAGCAUCUUGUGUAACAUUUUUUUACAAAAAGCACUUUGGUGAGAAGAGAAAGUGGGAGUAUGUUUUUCCUAAACCUUACACAGUAUUCUACAUAUUUAUACAUGCUUAUAUACACACAUAUGAACUCCAUUUGCCAUGCUGUACGUCUGGCUGAUAUGUGCUCUAAAGACGUAUCUAUUGCAUACCAUGAAAAAAUUAAUUUUUUAAAAAGAAUUUAUUACACUUUUUUUCUCUACUAGUAUGUAUAAUUUCAUGAUUUGUUACAGUUAUUUUUCAUAUAAUCCUAAGUUAUUUUUGUCCUGGUUCAUUAAAUGCUUUUUUAUGUAAAAUGUAAAUUGAAAGGUGUAUGUGCAUGGGACAAAAUAAAACCAGAAAACUAACUCAAUGACAUGACCAGUAGAACAUCUUACUGUGAGAUGCCUUUAGACUGCUCCAGCCAUUGUCCUUCACCAUAAAACUACUAGUAUUUGUAUGUAUUACUAUAAUUAGAAACAGAAAUAUAAAAAAAAAAAAAACAACUCAGAAGUUUCUUCUAAAAAACACUUGGGUUAGAGUUCGAAGUCUGUAUUUAAUUAAUGUUAUAGUGAGGCUAGAGAUUUGUAGAGAUAAAUGAGUGCCUCAGCGUGUGUUUACACCCUGGGUGGAGACAAAAUAAAAGAACAUUUAAUUACAUUUUUUGUGCUGUGAUAGUU